GUAGAAAAUAAAAUUUGGAAUGAAAAUUUAAAGCAAGUAAUAAAAACGGUGGUGGAGUGUGUGGAGGCCUGUGUGCGCUAAUCUAUCAUUCUCAGUCUUCGGUGUGUGUUUAUAUUUGUGAGUGUGGAGGAGUAGAGAAUCAAAAGAAUGGCUCUUUCAACAAUUUCGCUCCUAAAUCAUCUCCUGCCAAAACCUUCGGUUCCGUACACCUUAACGGCUAUCAAAGCACUGAAGCCCCUCCUUGUACCUCGACGGACCUCCAUGUGCUCAUUUCCCGGCCCUUCUUUUUCUUCUUCUUCUUCUUCUUCGUCGUGGAAAUCCUCUUUAGCCCAGUCCACCACGUCGACGAAUUCCACCAUCCCAGCUCUCCACCAUGGAAUUCCAGGGCCACAAGAUGACCUGCUUGUUCUAGGCAUCGAAACUAGCUGCGACGACACUGCCGCCGCUGUUGUCAGAAGCAACGGUGAAAUUCUCAGCCAAGUUAUUUCUUCUCAGGCAGAUUUACUUGCUCGAUAUGGAGGUGUUGCCCCAAAGAUGGCAGAAGAAGCACACUCGCAAGUGAUUGAUCAGGUUGUGCAAGAAGCACUUGACAAAGCUAAUUUAUCUGAGAGGGACUUAUCUGCAAUUGCUGUUACUAUUGGUCCCGGUUUAGGUCUUUGUCUUCGUGUUGGUGUGCGCAAAGCUCGUAAAAUUGCGGGCAGGUUUAAUCUACCAAUUGUAGGUGUACAUCACAUGGAGGCUCAUACAUUGGUAGCCAGGUUAACUGAAAAAGACUUGCAAUUUCCUUUUAUGGCCUUGCUUAUUUCUGGAGGACACAAUCUACUCAUUCUUGCCUGUGAUCUUGGCCACUAUAUACAACUUGGAACCACAAUAGAUGAUGCUAUUGGUGAGGCAUAUGACAAGACAGCAAAAUGGCUUGGCCUUGAUAUGAGGAGAAGUGGUGGACCAGCUAUAGAGGAGCUUGCUCAGGAAGGCGAUGCCAAAUCAUUCAAAUUUGCUACUCCAAUGAAACAACAUAAAGAUUGCAACUUUUCAUACGCUGGUCUGAAAACUCAAGUGAGGCUGGCAAUUGAAUCCAGAAAUAUUAAUGCAGCAAUUCCUAUUUCUUCUGCAAGCAUCCAAGACAGAAGUUCUCGAGCUGAUAUUGCUGCCUCUUUCCAGCGAGUUGCGGUUUUACAUCUAGAGGAAAGGUGCGAGCGAGCAAUUGAAUGGGCUUUGAAGAUUGAACCUUCUGUGAAAUAUUUGGUGGUUUCUGGAGGUGUUGCAUCAAAUCAGUAUGUUCGGUCUCAGCUUGAUCAGGUUGUCAAGAAAAACGGCUUGCAUCUUGUGUGUCCUCCUCCCAGCCUCUGUACUGAUAAUGGUGUGAUGGUGGCUUGGACCGGUAUUGAACACUACCGUAUGGGAAGAUUUGAUCCACCCCCACCUGCAGAUGAACCAGAAGAUUUUAUGUAUGAUAUACGGCCAAGAUGGCCACUGGGGGAGGAGUAUGCCGAGGGAAGAAGUGAGGCUCGCUCAAUGAGAAAGGCCCGGAUUCAUCCAUCUCUUACAUCUCUCAUUCAGGCGUCUCUGCAUGAACAGCAAUCAUAGCCUGCACCUCCUUAUUGUUCUGCCAGUUUACUCCUUGGUCAGGGUGCCGACUCUUUCAAUUCUAAUGAUCUUACAAGCUGCUGUAUAAAGAAUGCCGCUGUGUAAAGAAUGAGAGAUUAUAGCAGCCCGUUGGGGAAGAAACUUCAUCACAACCAAAGCAAGGAUUGUUGUAAGCAAGGGAUGAUAUUUUGCUGUCCAUAAUAAUCAUUUUUUUUUUUUUUUCCAAGCAUGAAAGAAAUGGACUCAAUUAAAACCAUAUUCUUUUUAUCUAUCGUGUAAAGAUCUUUGUUGCAUGUAAAGGAAUUUUGACGUCUCUGAAUUUUUCUGGAUCAUGAUACUUUAAUCUGUUUAAGGGUGAUUUACAAGUCGAUUUCCUUUCGACAUUAAAUCAUACCUUAGAGUUUUGGUUUGGGUUUUAUUAUUAUUAUUUUUUUUUCAGC